GUGGCGGGGGCGACCGCCGCCCAAUGGGUGGGCCGGGGAGGGGGAGAUGCGAGGGAGGGGGCGGCGUGAGCGUCCACGUUACCUGCGCGUCGCAGCCCAGCCCCCAGCCCGCCCGGUUGUCCUCGGCAGCGCCGCCGCUGCCACCAGAGCGCGGAGAGGCUGGGCCGCGCCUGGCGAGGCUGCUAGCGCGAAGGCGAGAUCCUCCCCGCCGGCGCUCCUCCUCGGCCGCCGCGGCCAUCAUGACCGACAACAUCCCCUUGCAGCCGGUCCGGCAGAAGAAGCGGAUGGACAGCAAGCACCGCGGCGGAUGUUGCGAGUGCCUAAGAUGUUGUGGAAGAAGAGACCCAAGGCCUCGAACGGUUUGGCUUGGCCAUCCAGAAAAGAGGGACCAGCGAUAUCCACGCAAUGUGAUCAACAACCAGAAGUACAACUUCUUUACUUUUCUGCCAGGGGUUCUGUUCAACCAAUUCAAGUACUUCUUCAACCUCUACUUCUUGUUUCUGGCCUGUUCUCAAUUUGUUCCUGAAAUGAGGCUCGGUGCUCUUUACACGUAUUGGGUUCCUUUGGGCUUUGUCCUCGCCGUUACCAUCAUCCGUGAGGCUGUGGAAGAGAUCCGGUGCUACAUGCGUGACAAGGAAGUGAACUCGCAGAUCUACAGCAAGCUCACAGCGAGAGGUACAGUAAAAGUGAAAAGUUCCAGUAUUCAAGUGGGGGACCUUAUUAUUGUGGAAAAGAACCAGAGGGUCCCUGCCGACAUGAUCUUCCUCAGGACGUCGGAAAAGAACGGGUCCUGCUUUCUACGUACGGAUCAGCUGGAUGGCGAAACAGACUGGAAGUUGCGCCUGCCUGUCAGCUGCACUCAGAGGUUGCCCACUGCUUCUGACCUUCUCCAGAUCCGAUCAUAUGUGUAUGCAGAGGAACCUAACAUUGACAUCCACAACUUUGUUGGCACUUUCACUAGAGAGGACAGUGACCCUCCAGUGAAUGAGAGCUUAAGCAUCGAAAACACCCUGUGGGCCAGCACAGUGAUUGCUUCAGGAACGGUUGUGGGAGUUGUUCUGUACACAGGGCGGGAGCUGCGCAGCGUCAUGAACACUUCAAAUCCACGGAGUAAGAUUGGCCUCUUCGAUCUGGAAGUGAACUGCCUCACCAAGAUUCUCUUUGGGGCCUUGGUGGUGGUCUCUCUUGUCAUGGUCGCUCUUCAGCACUUCGCUGGCCGCUGGUACCUUCAGAUCAUCAGAUUUCUCCUUCUCUUCUCAAAUAUAAUUCCUAUUAGUUUACGUGUCAAUCUUGACAUGGGGAAAAUAGUUUAUAGCUGGAUGAUCCGGAAGGAUUCUAAAAUUCCUGGCACUGUAGUCCGAUCUAGCACAAUCCCAGAGCAACUUGGAAGAAUAUCCUAUUUACUUACAGAUAAAACAGGGACCCUGACGCAGAAUGAGAUGGUUUUCAAACGCCUUCAUCUUGGAACAGUUGCUUAUGGACUAGACUCCAUGGAUGAAGUUCAGAGCCAUAUAUUUAGUAUAUAUACACAGCAGUCUCAGGAGCCACCUGCUUUAAAAGGCCCCACCCUGGCUACCAAGGUACGGAAAACCCUGAGCAGCAGAGUCCACGAGGCAGUGAAAGCGAUCGCCCUCUGCCACAAUGUGACUCCCGUCUAUGAAUCGAAUGGUGUGACGGAUCAGGCUGAAGCAGAGCGCCACUAUGAAGAUUCUUGCAGGGUGUACCAAGCUGCUAGUCCUGAUGAGGUGGCCCUGGUGCAGUGGACAGAAAGCAUAGGCUUAACACUGGUGGGCAGAGAUCAGUCUUCUGUGCAGCUGAGGACCCCUGGUGGCCACAUCUUAAACUACACCAUCCUCCAGAUUUUCCCUUUCACGUACGAAAGCAAACGGAUGGGGAUCAUUGUUCGGGAUGAAUCUACAGGGGAAAUAACCUUCUACAUGAAAGGGGCUGAUGUGGUGAUGGCAGGAAUUGUUCAAUACAAUGACUGGCUAGAGGAAGAGUGUGGCAAUAUGGCAAGGGAAGGCCUGAGGGUCCUUGUGGUAGCAAAGAAAUCCCUGACUGAGGAACAAUAUCAAGACUUUGAGGCACGCUAUGUCCAAGCGAAGCUCAGCGUCCACGACCGUUCCCUGAAGGUAGCAACCGUGAUCGAGAGCCUGGAGAUGGAGAUGGAGCUGCUCUGUCUGACUGGAGUGGAGGACCAGCUGCAGGCAGAUGUCAGGCCUACUCUGGAAACACUGAGAAAUGCCGGCAUGAAGGUAUGGAUGCUCACAGGGGACAAACUAGAAACAGCCACGUGUACAGCUAAGAAUGCACAUCUGGUAACCAGGACCCAGGACAUUCAUAUAUUUAGAAUGGUCACCAACCGUGGGGAAGCUCACUUGGAACUCAAUGCCUUCCGCCGCAAGCACGACUGUGCCCUAGUGAUUUCUGGCGAUUCAUUGGAGGUGUGCUUGAAAUACUACGAGUAUGAGUUUAUGGAAUUGGCUUGCCAGUGCCCAGCUGUAGUCUGCUGCAGAUGCGCCCCAACGCAGAAGGCUCAGAUUGUACGCUUGCUCCAGGAGAGAACUGGGAAGCUGACCUGUGCUGUGGGUGAUGGUGGGAAUGAUGUCAGUAUGAUUCAAGAGGCGGAUUGUGGUGUUGGGGUUGAAGGAAAGGAAGGAAAGCAAGCUUCCCUUGCAGCAGACUUCUCCAUCACUCAGUUUAAGCAUCUGGGCCGGCUACUGAUGGUGCAUGGACGGAACAGCUACAAAAGAUCUGCAGCCCUCAGCCAAUUUGUGAUCCACAGAAGCUUGUGUAUCAGUACAAUGCAGGCUGUUUUUUCUUCGGUAUUCUACUUUGCAUCCGUCCCCCUCUACCAGGGCUUCCUCAUUAUUGGGUAUUCUACACUCUAUACUAUGUUUCCAGUAUUCUCUUUAGUGCUGGACAAAGACGUCAAAUCAGAAGUUGCCAUGCUGUACCCAGAACUCUACAAAGAUCUUCUGAAGGGAAGGCCCUUAUCAUACAAGACAUUUUUGAUAUGGGUUUUGAUAAGUAUUUACCAAGGCAGCAUCAUUAUGUACGGCGCAUUGCUGCUCUUUGAAUCUGAGUUUGUCCACAUUGUGGCUAUUUCCUUCACGUCCUUGAUCCUCACUGAGCUGUUGAUGGUGGCAUUGACAAUCCAGACAUGGCAUUGGCUCAUGAUAGUGGCAGAACUACUCAGCCUCUCCUGCUACAUUGCCUCGCUGGUCUUCUUGCACGAGUUUAUUGAUGUUUACUUCAUUGCAACCUUGUCGUUCUUGUGGAAGGUGUCAGUAAUCACUCUGGUCAGCUGUCUUCCCCUCUACUUCCUAAAGUAUCUGAGGCGAAGAUUUUCUCCCCCAAGCUAUUCAAAACUCACUUCGUAGGUGGUUCUACCAGUGGAGCAGAGACUACUUCUCUUUCCCCCCGCCCCCAACCGUCUCUUUCUUUUUGCACAAAAUAAAUGUGUGUUCCUCAUAGUAACGGUUAUGUCCGAUGGUUGCAAAUGGAUCGUGCACUGGCUAGAGAAUGUUUCCGAAAGACUGAAAUAACUGGCAGUGCAGCAGAAACAGUCAAGUAAACCGGAGAACUGACAUAGGUGAUCCAGUUUUUUUGUCAACUUUAUAUUUAUUUUGACUUUAAUAAAUGCAUGUAACUGGCAAGAAGAAUUGGCUUCCAGUGGGAAAUUCCUGGAAUGUGCUUACUUGGGAAGUGCUAUGUAAGCUAUUGAUGUGACAAAUUUUUCAGACUGAUUCCCCCCCUUUUUUUAAUUUCCUCAUGUCAUUUUUAUAUUACUAUUUAUCUUUUUAGUUCAGGUCCUAGUUUAUAAGCAUUUUGUAUUUCUUGGGAAAUACUUUACAAUGGGUGAAACCACAUGCUCACAGGCAACUUUAACUCGGAGUGCCAUGCUGACCUCUUUUGAUGUGUUCCAAUGCAAACCAGAGCUCCAAAUUUCAGCGAAGUUUUCUUCAAUCUGCAAAACGGAAACAAACAAAAAGCCACAGUUCGUCUUUCCUGCUCUGAAGUUGUCCAAUUAUUUUUAACGGGGAUUGACGCUGGUAAAAGAGAGGUUCUGUUUUAUUAAAUGGUACCAUUUUCUUGGGAGAAUACUUCUGCGCCACCCAAACUGCCGCCACAUCAUAAAGGUUAUAACAACCAGAACUAAGGCAGACAUGGGCUUCCCACCCCAUAUUCACAUAAUUAAUGCUUAUGGCCAAGGGUGCCAAUUUGAAUAAAAUAUUGGAAGGGGGAGGGCAGGUAAGCCCCGCCCUGCAUGAUCAAUCACAACAAGGUGCACACACAGCAUUUGAAUGGCAGUGCCCAUCAACUUUGCGAUGGCGCAGCCCCUUCAAAUAUUUUAUUGCAGGGGCUGAAGUCUCCAGGGCCCCUGGGAGUUGGCUUCUAUGUGUGAGACUACCAUUAACCUUGGGCUCCAGGUGGGAAGCCUUUGCGCCACAGCACAGUUUGAGGAAGGAGUGGGCAGGGGCUUCCUGCAUGGCCGAUGGGGUUUGGGAAGAGAUGUUUGGCACCUCCCCUUCCUGACCAUGCCAGGAUGCUGGCUGGAUCCUGUCCUAUGGGGGGGGAGCAAGGCGGGCAUGCCCCCACUGUAUUUAAGGGGGCGCCAUGAGAGUGGAAGGGCUUUUGCAAGGAGAAUUAGGGAUGCAAUACCUAACCCUGUUACACAUUCCUCCAGCCACCGUCACCCCCCUCCUCCUGUUUUUGCCCGGCGGGGGGCGGGGAAUGGGGAGAGCGAGAGCCUGGCUGCAGAAAGGGGCUGAAAAGGAGAAUUGACACAUGUGCAAAUGUUCAACACAGAGCUGCUACGUGUUCAACACAGAGCUUACCACUAGCUAGCAAAUAUAUGCUUGCUGAGAUAAUACAGAUUCCAUUCUCGCAUGCAGGUUUCGUUUGGCUCAUCCAGUAGAGCUAACCAAGGUUUCUUCCUGCUCUGUGCAAAUGCACACAGCAGGUAAAUGCCCCAGAUGGGGCUGGCAAUAUGAGCAUCACUGUCGUAUCAUAGAACAAACACCUUAACCUUCAUCAAUGUUUUGGAAGGAAACCAGCUGCUAAUUGCCCCUUUUGAAAAAUAUAUCUGAAAUGUUAUUCUGCAGAAGCGUAACAGAUGUAUUGGAUUGUAAUAGAGAUGUAACAGAAUCACAAGGGAAAGUUCAUGGGAUACUGGUUGUUUUCUGUAAAGCUUUUUUUAAGUUAACACUGAACUGCACGUUUUAUAUUUUUCACUGGACUGUGCCACUUUGGACUGCAGAUGUGGACUUGUGCUUGGAUGUUCUUUCCAUGUAAAAACAACAGUGGCUUUCAGCAUGCAGACAAAGCUCAUCCACACUUCUCUUUCUCCUGCGAUUUCCAGGCAUGGGUUCAAAAGGUUUUUCUUCUGUCCUGCCACUUUCCCUGUAACCCGCCCCCCUUGUUUACUGCUGAAUCAGAACAAACGUCAUGCCACAGAAAAUCCUAUUGUUCCAAUUCAGCAAUAAAUGUGACAUGUAAAAGGGAAGUGUAUCUGCAGGUGAGAAGGUUAUUCAUUUCUACAUUUGGUUCAGAGUUGUGUACAGUCAUACCUUGGUUUUUCAAACAGCUUAGUUCUCGAACGUUUUGGCUCCCGAACGCCGGAAACCCAGAAGUGACUGUUUGGAUUGCGAACUAUUUUUGGAAGCCGAACGUCUGAUGCGGCUUCCGAUUGAGUGCAGGAAGCUCCUGCAGCCCAUCGGAAGCUGCGCCUUGGUUUGCGAACAUUUUCAGAAGUCAAAUGGACUUCAGGAAUGGAUUCUGUUCGAGAACCAAGGUACGACUGUACUUCAAGAUCCUUGGGCCAUUUAAGAGAAGUCCAAUCAAAUUAGUGGGUGUUCAGCAUUUGAAAUGCAUUUCUGUGGGACUUGAGCAUGUCUAACUGUGGGUUGUACAGCUUUUUUUCCCCUAAUGGGGAGGAUUCCAUAAAUACAGCAUGGCCAGUAAUUUUAUUUUCAAUUAUUUUAUCCUCCUUCAACUUCUUUUAUGAGUUGUCUUUGUCUUCUCUGUCUAUAAAUAUAACACCUCCCUGAGUGUAUAAGAGUCUCCUAUAAGAAAACUGUAGUCACAGUCCCUGCACAGCUCCUUUUAGAUUUAAUGGUUAUUAUGCAAGACCAUGUUGGUAGACUUUAUAGAUUUUUGGGGUUGUGUGUGUGUGUGGUUUUUUUAAAAUCAGUGAAGUUUACACUAAAUAAUGAUCAAUGGGCCAUUAAUGGCCACAUUAACAAAGCCAGCAAAAAAGGGAAUGAAUUCUAAUUAAGUUCAGUAAUAUUUAUUGGACUAAUGACUAAGGAACUAUUUUAUUUAGUGGCAGUAAUGUAACUAUUAAUGCUUUUUGUAAGACAUGAAAUCUCUUUGACCUGUUGUUCUUCUGUAGAUAACAUCUUAGACAAGGUUGUAAUCUGUGAAGUGUUUCUUUCUGAGUGGGUGCAAUUUAAUUUUGUGAGCGUGUCUUUAAAAAAAAAAACAUUGUUCAAAACAGCCUCUUGUAGAACAAACUAGUGGCAACAGUUGAUUUGUUUAUUAUUAUUAUAGCUUGAUAGGAUCUCCAUAAAAUUACCUUGGUUUUGGGGGGGAUUGGAGCACAAAUUGCACAAAUCAAUAAUUCCACUGAGAUCAGAACUUUUCUCCCCUCUUCUGUCUU